AUGGAUGAGUACAAGUUAUGGUAUUCGGGUAGUGCGAGGUGUAGGAAUGGUGUAGGUAUAUUAGUGGAUGAAGAGCUUAUGGAGCAGGAGGAGCAUCUGGUUACUUUUCGUAGUAGGUUAGCCAAAACUCAGAUUAACUUUUUACUGCUUAGGAAGGGGGAUAGAGAUUUGUGUAAGGAUUGUAAGGUCCUUCCGAGUGAGAACCUUUCAACCCAGCAUAGACGUCUAAUGAUGGACUUGAAUAUUAAGAAGGGAAAAAAGAGAAGGGGUAGGGAGGGUCGACCUAGAUUUAGGUGGGGUGACUUGACUUCGGCUACUACUUUGGAGAUAGGGGCGAGGUUGGAGGGGAUGAAGGCUUGGGAAUAUAAGGGGGACGUGUAUAGUAUGUGGGAUACGGCUGCGAGUUACAUCAAGAAGACAGCUAGAGAGAGUAAGGAUAAAGAGGAAAGACGGGUGAGAAGGGAGAAGUACAAGUUAGCUAGGAAGGAGGCUAAGUUAGCGGUCACCGCUGCUAAGACAAUAACGUUUAAGAGAUUAUAUGAGGAACUAAAGGAGAAGGGCGAUGAGAAGAUGAUGUAUAGGCUUUCCAAAUCUAGGGAGCGUAAGGGUCGGGAUCUGGACCAG